CGGCAAGCUGUAUGCAAUGCAAUUUGUAUGUGUGUAGGCACGUUCAUAACGCUGGAGGUGUGCACGUCGCGGCUGGCGGCGGAGGGCGUGGCGGACGUGCGCGGCGCGGUGGAGCGCGUGCGGGCGCAGCGCGCGCACUCCAUACAGAUGCCCGACCAGUACGUCUUCUGCCACCUGGCGCUGCUCGAGUACGCGGUGAUGCACGGAUAUUUAGAAUCUGCGGACUUGAACGGCUUCGACGACGAUAAUGAAGACGAAUCAGAAUGAAGAUUGGCUCGGCCCGCCUGCACCGUGCUCUAGUGCGGCCCCACCACCGCACACAGCGCCCCCACCGGUCUA